CGCACAGGUGAACUAAACAUACAAACAAUUACAAUUUAAAAAAAGUACCAGUAGUUGUUUUAAAAUUUGAUUGUUUUGUUACCGUAAAACCAUGGUAUCAAAAAAAUAUCCAUUGUGACAUGAUUGUGACAGAAGAGAUUAUCAAAAACUUUCAAGAGAUGGAAAAAACUUCGAAUGAUACUGUGUCAACUUUUGUUCUCAAGCUCUGGAAAAUGUUAAACCACCAAGAAGCAACAAACGUAAUGUCUUGGAGCAAGUCUGGAAAUAGUUUCAUAAUUCAAAACCAAGCACUAUUCAUUACGAAACUCCUACCUCUGUAUUUUAAGCACAACAACAUGGGUAGUUUUAUUCGCCAGUUAAAUUUAUACGAUUUUCACAAAAUAUGUGUGGAGAGAAGCACCGAAAUAGAGUACCAGCACAAAUAUUUCCAGAAAGACAGACCGGAUCUUUUGAAAAACAUCAGAAGGAAAAUACCGCAGAAUAAGAAGACACACUCUAAAGUGAAUUGUGAAGAACUGGCAAACUUGUCUUCGGAAAUAACAGCCAUACGAAAACAGCAAGACAAAAUAAGCACACAAAUAAAUGUACUGCAACAAGAAAAUGUAACCUUACUCAAAGAACUGAGUAGUUUGCAAGCAAAACAAAAUAACCAGAAUACAAUUUUGAAAAAUAUCGUACAAGUUUUGAUGCCAUUUAUCGACUUAUCGAAAAACUGUAAUAAAAACGAGGGGAACAAUGGACCAAAGAUUUUCCAGGUUUAUCAGAAUGUGCCCCAAAUAGAUGUGUUUAAUAAAAAUAGUUUUCCCAAUUGGAUUGAGCCAGGACCCAAUUACAAGAAACGGUUUUCUUCAAAUCAAGAAAGUUUGCAAUUAUGUGCACUCCCGAAUGACUCAUUUGUGAAUAAAAACGAAUUGUUGGAUAGCCAAAGCGGUGAAAAGUUUUCCAAAGACACACUCAGUGAGUUGGAUAAUGAACUUUCCAAUAUUCUCAACAAUGAAAUUUUGGAUAACUCUUUACUCAAUAAUAACGAUUUGAAUCAGGAUUUUAAUUUGGAAGCCGCUAUAACUAAUGAUAACUUUAAGAGUAAAAUAGGUUUUUGAUCUGGAAUUUAUAUUAUUUUGCAUUAGUAAGAUUUGCUGUUAAAAUAAAGUUUGGUUCAAAUUUGGCACCUUUUCUGUUUU